ACCCCUCAUUACCAGGAGUUUGUCGCUGUUUCAGCACAAAUCCCACAAACACUGUUUUUCAUCUCAUUUGAAAUCCUCUAACACACACAAACACAGUUGCUGUCGUUUCAGCAACGUACGCAAAACGACGUAAGCAAUUUCGUUUAAAAUCAGGCAGAAAAUGUUUUCUGGCAAUGGAAAAAAAAGGGCUGAGUGACGUCACUGGUAGCCCGAAUUCUAAUUGGUUCAGGAGGCGAACUGGUCCAAGCGUCCGUCUAUUAUUUCCCGUGCGCCCGUGUGACGGACAGCCGCAACUUGUAACUCCUUGUCUUUCUGCGACACAACUUUGGAUACCGAGAAUGUAUCUACUCGUCCUCUUUGUUGCGGCUCUGCAAACACUCAAUGUGACGCCUGCGCUACAUACGCUGCGUUAUUUCGUGACAGCGUCCUCUCAAAUCGCAAAUCUGCCAGAGUACUGGGAGGUCGUGUAUGUGGACGGCGUUCAGAUUUUGCAGUUUGACAGCAAGAGCCGGAAGACGAAAGCCAAGCUGGACUGGGUGAACAAAAUCGCAGCAGAGGAUCCAGACUUGUGGCAGCGAGAGCUGUACAACAGUAUCGACAAUGAGCAGGUGUUCAAAGUCAACCUUGAAAUCGCUAAAGAGCGCUUCAACCAAACCGGAGGCGUUCACAUGAUCCAGCAGAUGCACGGCUGUGAAUGGGAUGACGAGACUGGUGAGGUAGCUGGUUGGGAUCAGCACAGCUAUGACGGAGAAGACUUCAUCUCAUUGGAGUGGAAAACGAUGAGAUGGAUCGCAGUCAAGCCACAAGCGUUCAUCACAAAGAACAAGUGGGAACGAUUGGACGGCUACAAAGAAUACACGAAGAGAUACGUCACAGAGAUUUGUCCUGCUGCCUUGAAGACGUACGUGCGCAAUGGGCGGGACUUCCUGAUGAGAACAGAGCUUCCGACGGUGUUUCUCCUCCAGAAGACGCCUUCCUCUCCGGUCACCUGCUUGGCGACGGGUUUCUACCCCCCCGUAUGGGAUCUUUUCUGGAGGAAGGACGGCGAGCAGCUGUACGAGGACGUGGAGAUGGGCCAGACGCUGCCCAACCACGACGGAACCUUCCAGACCGCGGUCCACCUGAAAGUGGAGCCGGCGCCCGACGCGGAGGCCAAGUACGAAUGUGUGUUCCGGCUGGCCGGCGUCGAGGAAGCCAUCGUCGUCGAGUUGGACGACAAAAACAUCCUGAGCAACGCGCGCGACGCAGAAGAGCGAGUCAAGAUGGUGGUGGCCAUCGCUGUCACGUCGGGGGUCCUGGCUGUGCUGGCGGCGGGGGUGGCGGCGGUCCUUGCCAAGCGUCGCCGGAACAGACAAGCCCGAUACUCUGCAGCGCACGCCAAGAACAAGAGAAGUGGGCCCGCUGAGCACGUUCUCAUUACACCGCCUUUGAAAACGCAGAAGUUUUUCUUUUUCAAGCGGACCAUGAGUGUGAUUUUGCUUCUGUUAAGUAGCGCUCAAAGGUUUCUGGUUUUUGUGGGUUUGUGAUUUCAUGUGGAAAUGAUUUUUUUUUUUUGGAGCAAUUAAUUGACGAAUUCAAGAACUGAAUGUCGUCAAGGUCACGAUUGAAUGGGAUUUUAUGGUCCUCCAAAAAUGUGCUCGAUGGUUUCGACGGCAUCUCUGCAUUCUUGUUUGAUUGGAUUUGCGGUUUGAAAUGUCAACUUUAUCCUCAUAAGUUAUGAAUUAAGUGAUUCUUUGGCACACCCCGAGAGGGAGCCCACGGAGCCAAGGUCGAGAGCGCGACAACGAUUCUUCCAUCACCGCUUUCGCUUGAGCAAACAAAUCUGCCAAAGCGUGCAUUGAUCAGAAAGUCACGUGAACCAUUGCGCUCCUCGUCCGAACAUUUUGGAUCGAUCGCUCGACCAGUGCCACAGAUGGAAAUGGCCACCGGGGUGCACUACUUGGCCGCGGCCAGCAGGGGCGCUGCAGGUUUGCCGUCUCGAGAGGUUGAGCGACAGCCCUGCCGGAAAGUGUCAUGCUCUGUCUGGUUUUGAUUGUGUUUGAGUGAAAGGCGUCGCCCUCCGGCAGGCGCGCCCGCUCCGCCGUUUCCCCAUCGGGUCUCGCCAAGCUUUGUCGCGUGGCCAAGUCACUGUUGGAUGAUUGACUUUGCUCGCUGUUGUAUCCUCGACCUUUCGCUCUCGUUUUGCCGUUGAACUUUGGAAGUAUAUUCAUGAUC